CGAAAUUCAUGAACAAAAGCAGGACGAACGCAUGAAAAACUGACGUCAAUUUGUUAAAUAGACAACAAAUCCCUCCCAGACUAGCUGUUUUCACAGUCGGUCGCUGCAGGUAAAGUGUUUCUGGUUGCUGUCAAAGAUAACCUGAUGAUUAGUAUUUUCCAAUUCUAGUCUGAAAUGUCAGUCAUCUCCCGCCCUCAGCCUAAUCCCCGGGCUAGGGAAAGGUUCCAGAUCUGGACUAUUCUACACACAACUGAUUAGUUUUGCCGUAAAUGAUGCCAAAUUGAAACCAAAACUGUGAUUUCCUACUCUAUCCCAGACUCUAAAUUACGUGAGGCAAACACACUUACCCAUAAACCUUGUUAUUGGGAGCACUUUUCCUCCCCACCCCACUCCCGAAGAUACAUCUUUGGAUACAAUAUCAUAAACUGACGGAUAGAGUAUCAUGAUGGUAAUCAAGUGAUGUUAGUGAAAUCUAUAUGAUUAACGCAGCUUAACCCAUAUUACGCUUAUGGUUGAAACAGUUUAUUUCUUCUGUGUUUACAUUUGCAGGGAGCUGGGCUGCAGCCACCCCGCAGGGCUCACUCUGUCUGCUCCAUCACGCAAUAUUUUCUUUCCCAUCGAAUGCGUGACGGACCAAAAUAACGACAUCAGGAAUAAUCGUUUAUCAAUAUUUGGUACACGCCUGUCAAAUAAAUAUUCAAAUUAAUUUUAUUAGCAUAACAGCCGUAAACAUAAAACAGCGUAGAGCUUUGUUUGUUGCACAUAGACUAUUAGUUCAAGUCGGCACCAUUUAAAAGCUUCGACGCGAUUUAAUUACACCCUUGUAUAUUUGGCCUCAAAACAUGUACCAAUAUUCUUCCAUAACCCUCGGGGGACCGCAGUGUUUUCUCUAGAUCUUCAGGAAUGUAAUAAUUAAGCUGGUUAACCUUUCAAAUCGGCAUCUCUGCGAGUUAUAUCACUCAGACGCGAGAUUGACCUUUUGCAGCUUUUUGUGGUGUAACUUAAUCUCCUCACAGCAUGAGCUGAGAAGUUCGAAUAAUUCUCAAGAUUUCAAAGUGUCGAUCGAUUUGUCGGAUCAAGCGUGCGGACACUCUUCGACUCUGGAUUACUCGGCGCCGAUUAAUUCUUUGCUACCAGUACACCUUUGUUUUCAAGUUGUUACAUAAACGAAAGGAGACAAAAUGGAAAUCCGAAUGACGCUUUCAUCGGCGGUUGCAUUGUUCACAGUGGAUUGAUGCAAAGGUACUUUACUGUACACUACGUACGAUGUGUUUCUCUAUUUUUUCUCCGUGCAGAAAAGGUUCUAAUUAACAGCCGACCACAUUAGGAAGGUCAAAUAUUGAUGAACGCAAAAAGCGUUUAGUUUUAGGAAUCGAUUUGAACAAUUCUGUUUUCAGGUGCCUCUUGCGAAUAUUGGUUUGAAGAUCUUUGAAUUAACGAGCUUUCCUUUUGUGUAUUCGACUUAACUUUGACACUUCAAGACAAAGCUCGUUUUAAACAGGCCUAAACAAGGCUACUUUAGUUUUGAUUUUCCAUCUAAAACACACAUGAAUAGCUUUCUGGUAUAUUUAUUUACUUUUGUGAAAAUGUACCAAGGAAAAUAGAGGCGUCAUUAGGAUUUGUUUGCCCGUUUCUUAGCAAAUCCCUUGUGGCUGUAUGAAACACGAAGUGCAAUUAAAGAAAAACACUUGAAUUUCAUUAACAUUUAAAUUAAGCGGUUUAUACAGGUCUGCUAUUCAUUGGUAACUCUUUCAAUGAACAAUAUAAUAUGACAUGUGAUCAGAGAAAGUCCACUUACUGAGGAGUCAUGAAAAUUAUAUCUUUUCCGAUCUUGCGAGAAAAUUCUGCUUUUACUCAAUGUUCACGGAAACAAAGAAGCGCUUCAUGUAAAAACUUUGCCGUUUACUCUCUGGGUUUGGAAAUAUGGUGAUACUCCAGAAAUGAAUAUAUCUUAACUUGCUACUCAACAAGAUAUUUCCUUUGUAUCACGAAAAUAAGAUUGCAAUUCAGAUCUGGCAGGUAGGUCAAACAAAAAGAAUCCAUAGCUGAUAAAUUAAUCAUUAGUUAAUUAGCUAUUUUGCUUAUUGCUGAUUUUUAUUUCUUAAAGGUUUUAAUUGUGUUGGUUUUGAAUGUCCCGAUCUCGUUUUUGAAUAUGAUAUACAUCUUUUUUUUAGAAAAAAUCGGGUUUAUUUUUUCGCAAUGUUAAUUCAACAGAAUGUUAAUUUCAUUGUCCAAGUAAUCAUUGGGAAGCAUAGUUUUUGACUCAAAAUUCUUAAUCCUUUCUUUUUUAAAUUGCAUAUUAAAAAACGUAGUGAAUAGAUUUUUCUUAUUAUUUAUUAAGGGUAGGCCUCCUACGCAAGGUUCCUUAUGGUAUGUCAUGCACUCUUACCUCCCCGACGAAGAACUUCUGCGUAGGAGGCUAAUUAAGAGUUGAAGCCAUUACAUUCAUCACUAAUAACAAGAGACCUUAUUGUAUCAGGCAAAAUGUCGUUUAAAUUCAAUAAGAAAGCUGUAGUAACUGGUGUAAGCUCUGUGGAGGCAGGUAAACUCCUGGUGUACGCUCAAACAGUAAAGAAAAUUUCGUCCGAAAAUGGCUGUUCCCUGGACGGGAAUAUUUUCUGUGUGGAUCUUGGAGCUGCGGCACUAAAGAAACAAUCGAAAAAAGAAAGCAGAUGGUUAGAAGAAGAAGCAGACAAUGCGAAGAUAACUCCUGGGACAAUAAUUACCGUGAACGGCAAAGAGAGAUACGUUAAAACAGAGGUAGAAAAUGUUGAUCACCUGGGACUUCUCACGCCGCAAUCGUUUCAACUAUUCUGUCCGGCGUUUGGGAGCAAUUCGGACAACGAGCUUUUCGAGACAGCGUUCCCUGCUGCCUCAAUUGACCAAACGCGCCGGCUAAUUUGUGCGGAGCAGCCAAGCCCUAACCUACGUUGGGUGAUGUGUAAAAAUGUUGUUCUAUCCUAUAAUCAAACAACAGGCCGAAAGGAGGCCACUAUUUUAGCAGUGGACAUUGUCCAGAUGAAACAGGCUGGGCGAUUAGUCUCCACUUCGGUCCAACAAACUGUCACGGCUAAGCUCAAUUGUAAAACGUUCUUGUCGAAAGUGGGCCCACAAAAUCCCGGCCCCGUUUCUUUGACCCCGGCACUCGCCCUGGUAAAGAUGGUGGAUGAAGAUGUGCCUGUGCCCCAGCCUCGAUCCUGGGCAGAAAUUGAAACUUUACUCCCCUGUUAAUACAUCGAUUUGUGCUUUAAAGACGAGACAUAACUACGUGAUGAAUGUAGUUUUUUGUUUGAGGGUGAAGUGCGUUAUAAUAAAUUAACUGUAAUAUGAUUAAUUGAAUUGUGAGAGGCAAAACAUUCAUGCAUUUAUUUUCGUUGCAUUCUCACAAAGACGGAUUUUUUUUCCAUUUCAUUCUUUUUCCAUUUUAUAUUACAUAUUUUGCAUAAUUCAUCUCACGGAAACUAAACUUGGUUGGUGCACCAAGUUUAAAAUGUUGAAAUUCAGUAACAGAAACUUAACUGGAAAAAAUUAAAAUGAGGUGGCAUUUGUGGUUUACGAUUGAACUUUCAGUCAUUAUACUUUCCCGAUCAAUCAAGCGAUCCUUCCAUCGGUAGGCAGGCAGUCCGUCCCUCCGCCCUUUCGUCCUUACGUACGUCCAUCCCUUCGUCAGUCACUCAGUCAGUCACUCGGUCAAGCAACUAAGUCAAUCGGUCAGUCAGUCAUUGUUGAUCAGUUGUUUCUUGAAUUAAUUUUUGAAUUAGGUAGUCAGUGAGUCAUUUAGUCAAUCCUUAAGUCGGUCACUCGGCCAGUCAGUACGUCAGUAGAUGAAAUAUCCCGGAAAGAAAGGGUUAAAUCCAGUCUGUAUAAAAAGGUACUGAAAGAUUCCUCCCCUUGACUUAUCACGAAUAGUUGACAGAGGAAGAUAGUAAAGAUUCGAAAAAAUAUAUAUAAUGGCAACCUCGUUCCCAAGCUAGAUGCGCCGUCUGUGACGUAGCCCUUUUACAAGUUGCUAGGCAACAUGUAAUGUCUUAUUUUAACGUCACAAUGAAAUGCCUAAAACUGGCGUAUCAGAGUGUUUCCUUCAUGAGCGGACUACGUCAGUGCAAAAAUUGUCCAUGGUUUUGGCAAUACUUUUAAGGCCUGUAUGGUCUUGGAACCAGCAGCUAUAAUUGGGGAUUAUGGCUCCUGCUUGGAACGCAACCUCGUUCCCAGGGCUUUCCCCUUAGCCAUUUUCUCAAUCUCGUUCCCAUGACCUUUUCCUUGCAAGGGAAAAGGCCAUGGGAACGAGGUUGGCAAUUUCUAAGUGGGAAGCCCCGGGAACGAGGUUGCUUUUUAGUUGACUGGUACAUGGUGUUACCUUACUUAUAAAUUCGUUAGAAAUAACAUGCGUAUGGACUGUUAUCGUGGCCUGUGUGCCAAUAAAAGACAAUCUUGUCCUUUUCUUAAUUACUAGGAGAUUUUAUUUGUAAAUUUUAAAUCAGAACUCCAAGCAAAAGUGAGAUAAAAAUGUUUCUAUCUAACCGUCCUAUAAAGACUUCUUUGAACGUAAGAAAUUCAAAUACCUUAGCAUGCAGGCCAAUCAUUCUCCAAUAUUAACUUGGUCAGAGGCUAAGAAUUAAAUUAGGUCCAGUUUGAAUCGAACCGUGUCGUAAUCUAAAACUAUUGGGGUGUCUGCAAAAUCCGAAUAGCGAAUACCGAAUAGUCCCGAACAGCGAAUAGCGAAUAGCCCCGAAUAGUGCGAAUAGUCUCGAAUAGUGGCGAACAAUCGCGAAAAGUGGCGAAUA